AUGCUCACUAUUGCGCAUAUCAUCUACAUGUUUCCACUGCGAUCGUGGUACUUUGUCAGCUUCAUCUUGGGUGGAAUAUGCGAAACAUUUGGAUACUAUGGCAGGAGUCUGUGUCACAAAAAUAUUGCCAGCAUCGGUCCUUGGAUACUGCAAAAUAUUCUUAUCCUUGGCGCCCCGACUUUCCUCGCAGCUACCGUCUACAUGACCCUUGCACGAAUUACCAUCGCUCUGGGCGCAGAGGAGCACUCGAUGAUCAGACCACAGUGGUUGACCAAAAUAUACGUCCUAAUCGACGUCAUCUGCUUUCUCAGUCAAUUUGCCGGCGCAGGUAUUCAAGCUUCGGGGGAGCAACAAGUCAUCGCAAUUGGAAACAAAGUCAUUUUUGGAGGCCUCAUAUUCCAAAUUAUAGGAUUUGGCUUCUUCCUUUACAUGGCUUGGCGCAUCUCGACCCGUUUCGGGCAGAGUCAAAAAAGUUACUCGAGCAGCAACCGUUACCUGCAAAGCGGAUGGAAAAAACAUUUCCGAGCUUUGUAUGCAGUUAGCUCGCUACUAAUCGUCCGGAAUUUGGUGCGUGCGGUUGAGUAUGCGCAACAGGUGAACAGUUCGGGGGUUACGUAUGCUUCAAGAAAUGCUGAUGGGAUCCUCGAAUACCAUGGACAACCACACAAGGGGACAAUCGGGGACAAAGAAAUAUUCCUCUAUCUAUUUGAUGCUGUAAUGAUGUGCUUGGUGUCCUUAAUCUUUCUCAUCAUUCAUCCGGGAAAGCUCAUGAAGAUGGCUCGUAUUACAAAAGGGGAAAAGUUAUCGUCGACGGAAAUGGAGGCCUUGACAGAAUGA